CAAAUCGCAAUCCUCACCUAAAUCGGUUGUUGAUAUAAAAUAGAAUCUGUUCUAUAGCUUGACGCUCUCAAUAAAUUUUGGCUGUAGAAGAUGCAAAUGUAACUAAAAAUUCAAUCCAAAAAGAACGCGGAUAAUAUUCUCUAGUUCUUACGCGUGAUGACGAUUUAGCUUACUUUUAACCCUACCUUGUCCGCCAUGUUAAGGUCGGACGUAACUCAGCUAAAUUUUACGGUUCAAAAGCUCCUACCGGAGAAUUGUCAAAUCCAAAAUCUCUACUUCCGGAUCUAAUGAAAUGGUUGUUCGGAUGUAAAUCAACGAUAUUGAUUUCCCAAUCUUGAGCAUAUUUUACUCGGCAAUAAAUCACCACAAUAAAAUGGAGACUUCCGCCUUGAACGCGGCUCAUGCCAAGGAGCGAAGGGCCGAGGCACUAGUACGCGAGAGGAAGUUUGAGGAAGCAGCCGAGUGUCACGAACAAGCGGCCCACCUAUUUUCUCAAAUUCACAUACAGGUGCAGCCUGACCUUGACCACCUUACGUGUUCAAACAUUAAUAAAUCGGCCCUUACUUCGGAUUCAUCGUCAAGGUCAUCGCAAUUACGUGCUGCUGCAGAAUCUAUCCAGCUGCAAAGAGAUUAUCACAAAAAACAAGCAGCAUUUGUCAGAAUGAAACAGGCUCAAUAUGAUGAAUACAAAGCCACGUUGGAUACCCAGGAGAAAGAGUUAUUGUCAAAACAGUUGCAAAAGCAUACUGGCAAGGGAAGUAGCUGCGGACAGCUCGCCUCUACUGACAAAAGUGAACAGUUCCUACACCAAGCAAUAGACAGAGCAAUCGAGGAGCAAGAUAGUCUAUUAGACCUGAUUUUGCUAACAUCGCAAAAUAAAAAUGCUGUAGCCACAAAGCGACCAAAGGAUCCAGCAGUUGUCCUGGAAGAAUUGAGAACAGUUAAUGGACAACUAAGGUCUCUGAUUGGAACACUUUUGGGGCAACUUGAGGCUAGUCAAUUGCAGGUUAAGAUACUCACAGAACGAUUGAGGGUAGCUACGGCAUUUGGCAAGGAACCGGUACUUAAUUCAACCGUUAAAGAAGAUAGCUCCAUAAAUCUUUCGCCCUUGCCCCCUCUUCCACCCCUCGAAAUGCCACCAUUCGAUUUUUCUACUCCUUGAUAGCUAGAUGCUCAAUGGUCGCUGCAUGAUCUUUGUAAAUUGUUCAAUCGUUCGAGAUGCAAAAAUUCCUAAGCUUAUAAGCGAAGGGCUGUAAAGUGAUAAUAAUAUAAAAUACCUAUUUAUAUUAUAUA